AGUGAUGCUGAACGUGAUGGCGAUCCAAUUGAAGCUAAUUGUUUAGGUCGAUUUUUUAAUCGAUCGAAUCUUGAUCCACCAUUAUUAUUAGGUUCAAUUAAAAGAAAUUUAGGAUAUACAGAAGGUGCAGCUGGUGUAGCAGCACUUAUUAAAGUUGCUAUGUGUAUGUAUCAUCGUGGUAUUAUAGCAAAUAUACAAUUUACUUCACUAAAUCCAAAAACAGAUGCGCAAAAAUAUAAUCUACAUAUUUUUCAAAAUUUUGUACCAUUUCCAUCCGUUUCAAAUAAUGAAAAUCUAGCUAUAGGUGUUGAUUCAUUCGAAACGGGUGCAAUCUUUGUUUUUCUUAAUCGUCAACAAUUACAAGAACAAAUCAAUGCUUUUCUUACUGAACAAACAUCACCACGUCUUUCAAUCAUAUCACGUCCAACAAAACCAUUAGCACAGAAAAUAUGCUUCGUUUUUAGUGGUCAAGGUUCACAAUGGUGGGCUAUGGGUAGACAAUUAUAUGAAAAUGAACCUUUAUUUAAUAAAUGGAUUCAUUUAAUUGAUGGAGAAAUGACAAAAAUUAAUAAGGGUGAAUGGAGAUUAUUAGAAGAAUUAAUUGAAAAGAAAACUGAACAAGAAUCUCGUAUUAAUGAUACAAAUAUUGCUCAACCACCAUUAUUUGCUAUACAAGUUGCAUUAGCAGCGUUACUUGUUUGUUGG